UUGUGUUAUUUGACUGAGCCGCUGCCAAACAGUUACCACGGUUCGAUUUUAUUGCUUCUGUUCAAAAUGCAAAUAUUUGAUCUGCUGCAGUAUCUCUUAGUCCUGCAGAUUACUUACACUGUUGCUGACAGGGCCUCGUUCACAGUGAACCAGAUUCCUGAGCAGGUGACGAAGACAAAGGGUGAAAAUGUGUCAAUUUACUGCACCUACCCAAUCUUCGCUCAGAACUCACUGGUGGAUGUUUAUUGGAGGAAAGGGGGACAAAAACAAUUUAUAGAUGCCACUGCAGACAGAAGGAUGAGUAUUAUAACUUCAGAGCAAGGUUCUGCCGAAUUCCAUAUCCUCGGGGUGAGCUUCGGUGACUCUGGAAUCUAUUAUUGCAGUGUGAGAGACUGGACAAGAAAAUUUUCCCAAGGCAAUGGCACGAACGUUAUUGUACACGUUCCGCCAGCUCCGUUGAAAAUCACCGAAGUGAACGCUCCUUCCGCGGCUCUGACGUGCACAACUGCUGCUUUUUUCCCGAAGGACUAUAAGCUCAUAUGGUACAAAAAUGAAUUCAAAAUCACUUCAGGAAUGCAUACCACACGAAUGCAGAACGAGGAGGGAUUAUAUCUCGUUUCAAGCUCCCUCAAUGUAACAGAAAGCGGGUAUGUUUAUACUUGCCAGGUGUUUCAUGAAUCUAUGAAGGAGCCAGCUUCCGAGUCAUACAGAAUCAUAUUGGAAAGCAGAGACAAGUUCAUCUUAAUCCUCACGGGUGCAUUUGCAGCAUGCGGAGUCAUUAUCCUCGCGCUGUUGUUACUUAUCAGACGUUUCAGAGUAGACAAGACUGAAGUUGUAGCCGAAAGUGAUGAGAACUUAAGUCGCUACCUGGAAAAUCAGAUCAUCCAAGGAACUGAAGAUACACUUAUGUAUGCAUGUGUGGAUCUCGCCGCUUCUCAGAAAAACGCAAGAAGAGUGCAAAAGACUCAUGAGACCGAGUAUGCAGGAAUAAAGAUAAAGGAAGAGGCUAGAAAUAUGGAAACGAAAAGAGCAACUUAUAGUUAUUGAUAAUUGUAUUACUCGUUACUGGCCAUCGUGGUGUCGAGGAGUUGUUACUGUUUCGUAAUAACUGUGGAGUAAGCAAAGGAUUUUAAUGAGAAAUCACCAAUUCCAACAAAACAAAAAAAAAAAAAACUACGAUUAAUGGACCACUGAAUAGGAAAUCGUGUUCAGCACAGCAGGUGUAUAGAAACGAAAUCCCUAUUAGCAGCAUUGGGCGCGCAUCACACGACACUUUACAAUAUAAUCACCAGUUCAAAUACAUUUUAACUGUUGGUUGUAGCUGCCUCCAUUACCUUCCGGGCAGCUCAUUCCAAAUAAACUACACCCUAUGACUCACAUACGCACUCUUGUUUUAAAUUCCGCCCUCUAAUUUUGAACAGUUGUUCCCAAGUUACACUGUCUGUCUGUCACAACCGGAGCGUUGAAGGCAGAACCAAAUGCCAUACACAAACACUGAAGUACUACGAGCAGGACAGGACUAGAGACUAGACCUGUUAACCCAGCAAGGGACGUAACUGGAGGCAGACUAGGAGCUGAGACAAGAACACAAACUUUG